CCUGGGCUUGGGUGGGAUACGGUCAUUCCGAUAACUUGAAGAAAGAGAAAACAAAGAGAUCCGAGUCUGAUCCCCAUAGAGUGAUUGUGUCAAGAUCUCAUCAAGGUUCAGUGACUGAUACAGUUAAAUCAUCACUUGGGAAAGUUGAUGUUACAUUAGCAGGGGGAGCAGGGUAUAAGACAUUAGAAGUAAUCAAGGGAAAUCAAGACGCGUAUGUACACACUACAUUGAUCAAGAAGUGGGACAUCUGUGCUGGAAAUGCUAUACUUAGCUCCCUGGAUGGUAAGAUGACCACAUUAGACGGCAAGCAUAUAGACUACAGGUCUGGGGACCAGCCAAAAAACGAAGGGGGAUUACUCGCUACUACUUAUAACCAUGAUACUUACUUAGAAAAGUUAUCACAUUUAAAGAAUAAGUCUUAAUAUUUAGUGCUUUAGAUUAGAAUAAAUAUGUAUUUUUAAUUUGAUGAGAAAUUUAAUUGGCAUUUAUGUAUUAAAUAUAUGUAAAAGUAUUAUUUUAAAUUUUCUGUGGCACUGCCAAUGGUUAUUGCCUGUCUGUGCCCCUAGUAUUGAGACUGGUUAGCAUAAAAUGGCCAGUUGACAAGAUUCUGAACAAGUUACUGCUCAAUUUUAAUAUAUUGAAAUCCUUUUAAUCUCUGAACAAGCAGUGGACAGUUACAAGAAGGUUGGGUGUUUAGUUAGAAAUAGUUAUGGGAUAAUGGUUAAUGUUUGAAUGAUAUACAGUUGUUAUUUGUGAAUUCAUGGCAUUUCUUUUUCUCAGUGAAGAUUUUAAGUUUUUACUACAAUGUAUAGUAUGGAAGAAUGCCUUUGUAAUGUUUUGUUAAUAUACCUGGUGCAAUUGAUUAUGUUACAGUGUUUUGAAUAUCCAAAGAUUAUUAACUGUGAUGUGUUUUGUAGUACAUUACAAAGUUUCGAUGUUAAUAACGUCACUUAUCAAUUAGUAUAAAAAAACUAGUUAUUCCCAUGUUGAACAGUUUGUUGACUGUUGUUACAUCAUAAUUUAUUG